AGUACUACUUUAAACCUCGUUCCGGUACGACUAAAUAAAACUUUGAAACGGUACUGUUUCGACAAUACUGUUUUGACUGUUUGUUCGAACGCACCCAUACAUUUCACGUGAAUUUCUGACGCCACAAACAAGACACUUAAGUACUCUUAAAUUGAUACUAAAAGACAUCUUCGCAGUUCUCGAAAUAGAUCUGUUGACACAAAAAACCGAUAAGACCAUUGGCUAAUAUAAAAACAAUCCAAUUUUGUGAGGUAGUACUUGCGUGUCACAAUGAAGGACUUUAUCAUUUCCACAACCAUUGUAAGAUUGGUCGUACUCUUUUCCUUUGUUUGUUAUGCUCAAUGGACUCCCGAUCCGUUUUGUCCGUACCCAUACCCUGACCACGCGACCAAGUACCGGUACUAUGGUAACUGCUCCGUCUACUGGGAGUGCUACUAUGGGGCCAAGUACAUAAUGGAGUGUCCUGAAGGACUCGAAUUCAACGAACCUUUACAACAAUGUGACACUCCGUCCAUUGCAAACUGCGAUCCUUGGGCUUCCACCACUGGUAAUCCGGACCAUACAGGAUCAACAGACAGUACUUAUUCUGCAAGUAGUACAAGAGGUCCUUAUCCGCAGUGUCCUUGUGUACUUCCCGUACCUAGGUGACUGCACUAAGUACUGGGAGUGUUUCGCCGGGAAUGGGUACUUGUACAAUUGUCCAGAUGGGUUGUGGUGGCACCAGGAAAUCAGCGAGUGUGACUAUCC